ACCGGGAUCCGGGCUCGCGGGGCGCCCCGAAGGCGAAGUUGCCGUCGGCGAGGAAAAGGGCUUGCCGGCAGCCGGUUGCCGCACACGUGUGCUUGAAUGAUGCCAUCCAAUAAAUCCACUGUGGAUGCUCCAAUCCUUCAGUUUACCAACUGCUGGAUUUUGAAGAAUCAUGACCUGCAAAGAGAGGAUCUAUGGGUAAGAGCUGGGAAGAUCCUAAACCCAGAGAAGGUGUUCUUUGAUGAGAAAAAGUCUGCAGAUGUCCAUCUGGACUGCAAAGGCAGCAUCAUUGCACCCGGCUUCAUUGAUGUACAAAUCAAUGGAGGUUUCGGAGUAGAUUUUUCCCUGGCUACAGAUGAUGUGCAAGCAGGAAUUUCAGUGGUUGGCCAGAAGAUACUGUCCAGUGGAGUGACUUCAUUUUGCCCAACUAUGGUGACCUCACCAACCUCAGUCUAUCACAAGGUUCUGCCUCAGAUCUGUGUACAAAAUGGCGGGCCUCAUGGAGCUGGUGUCCUAGGGGUUCAUCUGGAGGGUCCAUUCAUCAGCAAAGAGAAAAAGGGGGCUCACCCAGAGCAUUACCUCCGUACUUUUGAGUUGGGAGCCUUUCAGGAUUUGCUCGCCAUGUAUGGGAGCCUGGACUGUGUCCGGAUUGUCACCUUAGCACCUGAGAUGAAACGCAGCAGCGAAGUGAUCCGGGAGCUGACCAAAAGAGGCAUCUGCGUAUCACUGGGUCACUCUGUGGCUAAUCUAUCUCAGGCCGAGGAAGCCGUUCAUCAGGGAGCCACUUUCAUUACUCACCUCUUCAAUGCCAUGUUACCGUUUCAUCAUCGAGACCCCGGGAUCGUGGGACUUCUCACGAGUGACAAGAUUCCUCCUGGUCAGCAAGUGUUUUAUGGCAUGAUCUCAGAUGGGAUCCACACGAAUCCUGCUGCUCUGCGAAUCGCGCACCGGGCCCACCCUGAAGGGCUGGUCCUGGUGACAGAUGCCAUCCCAGCAAUGGGACUUCCCCCAGGCAGACACACGCUGGGCCAGCUGGUGGUAGAGGUAGAAGGAAUGAACACCUACAUUGCAGGUACCAAAACACUGAGUGGAAGCAUCUCCACCAUGGACACCUGUGUCCGGCAUUUCAGAGAAGCCACCGCUUGUACAAUAGAAACAGCCCUGGAGGCAGCCUCUCUCCAUCCUGCUCAGCUCUUAAAUAUCGAGGACCGAAAGGGAACCUUGGAUUAUGACAGUGAUGCAGAUUUUGUGUUGCUGGAUGAGAGUCUCCAUGUACGGGCCACUUAUAUUGCUGGCGAAGAGGUCUGGAGACAAGGUGACUUCACCAUCUGAAGCUGGUGCAGAGAUGGACAGGCAGGACUUCAGACUAAAGGCAGAGAGGGACUUGGAGUGGCACGCAGCUCCGUUUUCCCCUAAGGCCUUCUGGUUUUGCCUCCUUUUCCACCACAGUCUCUCUCUCUCAAAGACUCCUGCAAAAAUGGUAGCACUGGCUGCCCUCCUUCCUACAGAGCAUGAUGGAACUUUUCUCCUCAACUUGAUCCAGGUGGCUGUCCCACAAACGCCAGCUGGGGCUCCUUUCAGAGCUUGACGGGAACUUUUCUCGCUGUGCUAAUCAACAGACUUACUGCUACUGGGGAACAGCAGCCAUUUUUUUCCCAGAGUGCCUCUCUCUUUCUCUUUCAGUGCAACCCCUUUAAUAUUUGGAUGGAGCUUUGCAAAGGGGUUUGAGUGAACCAUCGUCUGCCUUGUCCUCAGUUAAAGCCAAUUCUAUGCAGUACUGUUAUAGCUGGCUGGAUUUGCCUAAGCAUCUGAGCCGGAAAUCUGAGGUGAAGUGAAACUCCAAGACAGUGUGCACCCUGCAAAAAUCAUUUUUUGGCAGCCUGGGAGCUGUUUCUGACCACAGUUGCUGAAAUCAGUAGUAUGGUUUAGUUCCGUUUUAAGCUGGAAAGGACAAGAACAUUAAUGAACAUCCUAAAAUAGGUUCAACUUUUUCUUAAAGCCUCCCAAACUCUCCCCACACUACAGAAAGAAAAUCUCAGCUCCACACAAUUGUAUGAUUAAUCCAAAGCCAAACAAACACUAUUGUGGCUUAACAUUGACAUUAAUCUUCCCAGAUGAAUAUUCUGUGAUUAUUUAAAAUAAUGUUUCAUUUCAAGGGGGCCUCUCUCAAAUCUGGCAGGUUAGUCUAUGUUUUCCUUCUAUUUUUCGCAUGUUGUCAUCUGGAUUACUUUCGCUGCCCCAUGGAUUGGCAAAGAUGGAAGUUCACAUUGUUCAUUUAUGUCUUCUGGAAACCAUCAGCAAGGUAUCUGCUGCAAUAAGUGAGCCAUGCAAAGAGCCCUUUGUACAGCUGGACAAAAUUGUCCAACUCAAAUCAGAUGUAAUAAAACCUCUUCUGGGGGAUCCAUUUGGACCCUAGUGCAGGGUUUCUCCACCUCAGCAACUUUAAGCUAUGUGACUUCAACACCCAGAAUUCUCCACCCAGCAUGCUGGCUGGGAAAUUCUGGGAGUCCACACAUAAGUUGCUGAGGUUGAGAAACCCUCCUGUAGACCACCGGCACACAAGCCAGGAUUAAUGCCAUUAGAACAACCAUUACAUCUGAAACACAUUAAAAUUGGAGUUUCUCAGUCUUACGGGCUUAACCAGUCAGUGGUUAAGCUGUUGUUUUUUUAAUUACUAAAUAUUGAAACAAAAUACUCAAUAGAAGAGGGAACUUUUAAAAAAGGAAUUUAAGAGGUAAAAACCCUCCAAGAGGGGUUUGUAACCUUUUUGUGCCACAGAUCCCUUUUAAAGUCUGGUGAAACCUACAGACCCUUUGUUGGGAAAAUGUUUUUAAAUGCAUAAAAUAAAAUAUAUAGAUUCAGAUUGUAUUACAAAGGAAACCAAGUAUGCUGAAAUGCAGUUAUGAAAAUAUUAAAAAAGAACAAAUAUGCACCACAGUAAUAUAUGUGCUUCUUUAUUAAUCCAUUAAGUCAAUAAUGACAAUA